ACAUGUUUCAUAAAUUACUUCCUUUCUUCAUCCACCUUCCUCUCAUCAAAAUUUCCAGACCAAUUUUCCAAUUAGGUACACUUCAACUCACAUGGGACAAAGCAUCAUACUCAACAACCAUCCAACAUUCACAUUUAAUAAUAAAUUAGCACAAUAAAGUUGAAAAAAUAGAAAAUUCCCUAAAGUCCAAGUUCUUGAAUGUACAAGGACAUUGUCAAUUGUCAUCAUCAUUAUGAUAUAACAAUAAUUGGGAUAGAGAGGGUAGACUGAAAAACAAAACAAAACAAAAAAAGUCAAGAUUUUACCAGCUAUUAUAGUUGUGGGAUCUGGGGUUUGUUCACUCUUUUGCUGACACAAGUGUAAGGGCAAAUAAAGAAUAUUCCUCAAGAUAGUCUGAGAUCAGUUAUGUACAGAUCAUUUGUCACUUGUGAUGAUCCCAAAGGUGUCAUUGAAGGUACGACAAUUAAAAAAUUCAAGACCGGCCCUCAAAAUAUCGAAGAUCAUAAGGAUUCAAAGGAUGUUGCAAAAGAUUUGUUGAAAGGAGCUUUUGAUUUACAAGAGUCUUUAGUGAUGUUGGGGAAAUUGCAAGAAGCUUCUGAAUAUAUGAAAAAGUUGAGGAAAAGAGAAUCUGGUGCAACAGGUGUUGGCAGGACCAUAUCUGAACGUGUUGUUGCAGAUCACUGGUAUGAUAACAAGGUGGAGUUUGGAAAGCGUAGUCUUUCUGUUGACCGUUCUCGUGAUUGUUAUGAUGAGCUAAGGGAAGUAAUAAGAGAUAGCCUUGCUAGACAAAAUCUGUUGCCACCAUGUUGUGCUUCAGAAAAGGCUCGUUUCGAUAGAAGAAAAGUAGACUUGUAUCAAGAUUUCUCGCCCACGAGCUUCACUAGCUCGAGUGAGUCAUUGAUAGAAAAGGCCUGUGUUGCUGAUGCCAGAAAACUGGUUAUGUCACCCGAGUUACCGUCCACUAGCUCAAGCCAAUUUGCUUCUUUUGACUGUUCUCGAGACAAGGAGAAACCAAAAGUGCCAAAUUUGAUUGCAAGGUUAAUGGGACUUGAAGAGGUUCCUUCAACACCCCUGCAUCAGAAACAAUUAGAGAAGGACAAGAUUUUGAAGCCGAGAAGGCCUAUAUUCGAAAUAGACUUGCCAAAGGCGACGAAGCAGUCUGUCAUCAACCAGAAGGUGGAUCCAAAACGGAGAACACUAGACGGAAUAAUUGAAACCAUGCAAUUCAAAGGCCUUUUGAGAUGCAAGUCUAAUAAUGUGAUCUCUCAUCAAUUGAAGAGUUCUGCUGAUGAUGCUCCUCCUAUUGUGAUCAUGAAGCCCGUGUACGCUCCUGAACUGCAGGCAGAAAGGUUUUCGACCUCCAGCCAUGAUGAAAAUCCUCCGGACACUAAAGAUUCAUUUGGUAAACGGAACUUAAAGGAAGAGAAUUCACCUGCGAAUUUCACUAUCUACCGGAAAAUGCAGACAAGAAAAGUUCAGAAGAGUAGCUGCAUCCCCGAAAAAGGAUCCAAGGACCAUAGUGAGGGAACACUUCCUUUGACAAAAAAUAGAGCUUCGUCUCCUGGAAGGACUAAGCAACCAAAGAAAGAAGUGUUUGAGAGAACUCAACGAGCUCCUGGUGCGAAGAAAUCUGGAGAAAUGAAAAAUGCUGGUCCCAGUAACACUACUAAAGUUCAAGAUCAAAGCAAGAGGACCACUGCUAAAGUGAUGAAACUUGAGAAAAAGUCGAAUGCACCAGAAAAACUUGUUGCAUUCCAAAAUAGCGCCGACUCAAAGAGAAUCACAGCCGUUGCAGCACAUAACUCCAGAAAUAGGAAGAAGAAUGUCAAAACUGACAAGUCAGUCAAGAGUUCCUCUAUUGUCCCUAUUGUUGAGAAUAUGGAACACAACGAUGAACGAGACAGUGAUAUAGCCAUAAAAAAGGUUACAUCCUCAGAAGAGCUACCAUGUGAGAAAGUGGCUGAAAUCUCCCAGAAUGUUGUCUCUGAUAAUCUUAAGAAUGGUGAAUGUUCCGCAGCUGAAUCUACCGUGCCAUUAUUCCAAUGUGACGAUGAUGUCCCACUAAUGGAGCACACUAGGUAUCAAAUCCAUCUGGCUUCAACUGAGAAGGAAAACCUCAAAUCUGGAGCCAUUACACGACACAUACUGUUGAGCAAUGAAUCGUUCCUCAGUCGGGCAGAGGAGCUUUUUGACACUGAUGCAUGGGAACCGACAGUAUGGAAGACAAUUAGUGUAGACAAUGAAAUGCCUAACAGCACACUAGUACUGGAUUGCGCAAACGAAUUGUUGGAAAACAUAAGGUCUCAGCGCACCCUGGAAAUAUCAAAAAGUCCUGUUAACAUGUCAAGAGUCUCCAUCUCCUUCGACAAGUUGUUGAAUGAAAUUUGUGACGCGAUUGAAGUCUUGAAAAGUUACACUAAGGUUGAUGCCAAUAGCCUUUCUGUUGAUACUCUUUAUGCGUUACACAAAAGAGAUUUAUCGUGCAACAGAUUGGUUAGUACAGCAUGGGAUCUUGGUUGGAGGAAUGCAUUUACUCUGGAUGAGGUUAAACAUGUAGUGACUGACAUUGAGAAGCAUGUUUUAAAUGGAAUUAUCGAGGAUGUACUUACUGAAUUCACACUGUAGUUACUGCACAUAUUCAAAGGCCGAGCCCGGAUUUGAAGUUUAUAAGUUCUGAUGCCCCUUCGUUUGCCACAACACCAACAACCUAUUUAAGCUACUGGGUUCGUAGUGUACAAUACAUACAUAUUUAGUGGAUUUGUCAAUACAUAUACAAGAUUUGAGACAAAGCUACUGAAUUCUGCCGAUUUCGUAACGUAUAUUGUACCUCUGCCACUACAUAUAUUCAGGUUGGCAUACAUAAUGUGUAAAUAGAAAUACUCUUAUAGUAUUCUACUUACAGGGUAGUUGAAAAGGGUAUUCAAGAAGCUGUGUUUUUAGAAUUACAGAAUAAUACCAAGGCUGAAUGGAAUCUAUUAAUAUUUCUGUAAUCUAUUAAUAUUUGAAGUUGGUCAGCA